ACAGGUCAUUUGCCUCUAAGCCACAUUUGGACUAACCUUGUCUAUUCCCUCUUUCAGGAGUUCCACUCUUCUAGUCAAGCAGAUCGCGCCACUUUCCUGGCAUUUGUCUCUCAAGUGGACUCGUCCCUUCUUCACCGUUACCACUCCAUCCUAGAGCAAUUACAGGCUCUCUAUGCUCCUAUUAAUCCCGACCAGGACACACUGCAGGAGUUCUCUCUGACUGAUGCUGAGCGGUUAGCAAAAGAACAGGAAGUUUUGGCCAGGAUGGAUCCAUUGCUGGACCAGGCCAACUUCAACAGUUUGUCAGAGGAAACCCUGGCCUAUGCCCUUGUGGUCCACCAUCCUCAAGAUGAAGUCCAGGUCUCAGUAAAUCUGGAUCAGUAUGAAUACAUAAGAUUCUGGGCUCUUGGCCAACGGUUCGGACCACUGCGUGUGAUGACUACCCUUCAGAAUCAGAGGGGGUUCUUUGGCACACCUUGGGUUCCACCAGACAGACAGUACUUCAAACGGGUGGUGGUGGCUGCCCGGAUUAAGAAUGCUCACCUCAUGCUUAAAUGCUUUAAGGACAUUCCGCUGGAAGGCCUGGAGCAGUUGCUGCCCGCGAUCAAGGUCCGCACCUCCAUCUUCUACAGGGCCCUCCUCAACGGCAUGCUGAUAGUGAGCGGCUUGGCCUUCUUCGUCAACGUGGGCAUGGUGGUGCUUUCUGACCUGAAGAUCGGCACCACCUCCCUGCUGCUUUUCUUCGCUGCCUUUAUGGCCUUCCGGGCUUGGAAGGUCUUUGGCCAGCGCCGGAAUAUCCACUCCCUUGAGCUGGUGCACAUGCUGUAUUACCGCAGCACAUCCAACAACUCUGAGCUACUGGAUGCCCUUGUUCUGCGUGCCCAGGAAGAACAUGCCAAGGAGGUCAUCUUGGCACACAGUUUCCUCCUCCAGCUGCACCAGCACUAUCACCCCCUGGACAUAGACUCCAAAACCAUUGAACACAUGAAGGAAGAGGUUCAGGCUUGGCUGCACCUCCACUCUGGUCUGGAUGUAACCUUCUGUGCCGACCGUGCCUGCAGGCAUCUCAGGGAACUGGGAGUUGGGGCAGGGGACUCUCCUGCAACGGGGACCCAUCCUGUGACGGGUUAGGAGCUUCCUAGGAUUGUUCUGUUCCGCACCUUUGGUUCUUAGUGGUCAGGCCUCCUGCUGAGGCCCCUAACACUGAGCAUGUGAGGCUUUGAAGGCACAGGCAGGGGGAUUCUUGCCUUCCCGGGGCAUUAUGGGAGCAGUGCCCAGGGCUGCAGUUGUCGAUGCUGCCCAGAAACCUCGGGGUUUCUGCUUCUACGACUGCUGCAUCUCCCCUGGAUGUGUAUGUUCCUCCAGGAAUCCAUGUUGGGAGGAAACUCAAGAAUGUGACACCAUAAGAGGUGUAAAUAUCAUACAACAUUCAACCUCAUUACAAGGGGGGCAUGUUACACCUCAGAUUCAACUAUUUGGAAGGCUUGUGGGGGGAAGCUUGUUUUUAAAGGUGUCCCUGUUUUUGCAAAAACACUUUUAUUAUAUGCUGCUGCCUUUUGGGGGGGGAGCUGCCUGUUUUUUCUUGUAUCUGAGGAAUGUGGGGGCGAAGUUCCUUGCAGGGCUGUUUACAUUUGAAAUGAGAAUGGCAUAAAGCAAUGAAUUGCUUGCGUUUAGGGCAAGAUGGGGUUUUAGAAAUAUUCCUUUGCUCUGCUGCUUGGGGGCUUUAAAAAAACGUAUUAAAUCAUUUCUAUAGCACUUUGAAAUUCACAGUAUACGCUUACGAGGAAUUUGAAGAGUACUACGCACUUCGUUUUUGUGUUGCCUGUUUUAUAGAGACCACGGAGGUUGAGACGACACACACACUGCAUGGUCUUGGACAACUCAGUAAGUUCAUGCAGUGCUUUGACUUGUUAGGGAAGGGCACUCGGCACGUUUCUAGAGGCACUUCUCCAUAUUAUUGCCCCCAGAUGUUCCAGCUUCAGGCCGCUGUACUGAGAACAGAUUUGAUGCCUUGGAACAAAUUUACUCUCUGAGUUAAUGAAUGAGCUCCUAUGUGGUUUUUAAGUUCCAGUAUUGUACUCACUGAACCACGCUGUCUUUUGUUUUCUGGUUGUCAAUUGGUCAUCAGUCUACAGUUGAGGUUUGGAGUUCAGAAACUUGCACAAGUAGUAGGAAUUAUUAGGAGGGCUGUUGCUGAUGGAUUUUGAAGUUGAGGCAUCUGCUACCUCCUUUUGAUGCAUGCAAUAAGGUCUUAAUUCUACCCUCAUGGAGGGUACUUGACUUCUGCUGCCUCCAUCUCUAAACAGUGCAUGUGUGUUCAGUGUAUGUAUGUUCUUGGGGGGGAACGACUUCACCCUAAUGAAUGCCCUUGUAACUGAGCAGAUGUGAUAUUGUUCACUGUUUGUUGUGUUAGACUGGGGGCCAGCUGGCCCCCCUGAGAGGUCCUCUGUCCUUUUUUAUGGUGUGCAUGUUCCAGCCGUGCAGUCUCCCAUCAGCCAUGAUGCUGUAUUUGAAGCAGCACCUGCCAGCCAAACCUCAGACAGAGAACUUGGUGCGAAUAGGAGCCAAGUGAAGGCUAUUUGUGGACACUGGUCUGCUGUUUCACAGUCUACAACAGAGCAAUGCCUCUGUGAUAUUUUACAUGGUAGCAUUGCCCAGAUUUUCACUUUUUAUUUCUUCCCUUCCCCAAGAGAAGUGCUACCUGAAGUUUUUGUUUCUUGUAACAUGUCUAAACAGCACUCUUACCUACAGGUGUGUGUAGUGGUGUGAGAAGGCCCUCUAACAACAGCUUAUUCUGAGCUUCUCGUGCCCAAAGUGAGCUCUUAGUCUUAAAAUAGCAGUGGUUGGGUUUUGUUUUUUGUUUUUGUUUAACCCUCCACCCAUGUUGGAAGUCUUUGUGGCUCAGGGGAAACUGCAUGAAUGUCUGUAUCUUUGGCGCAAUAAAAAAAUAUUUUCCCAUA